GGAAAAAGGUUCCGACAGUCGAAUUACGGCUUUGCUCCUCCGCCACCGUGGUGGACUAUUUGCUCUCAGUCUGGCAGGUACUUUUGCGUCCCUGCUUCCAAAUAGGGAACCCAUGCCUGAAGAUUCAGCUAGGUCUCCAUGGGAUGAAAGUGUCUUAGAGUUUGGCCUCACGCAAGGUAUACGAGGCUCGGAGGGACACACCGCGGAGGGAUCCGGUUUGUUGUGGUGAGGGGAGGGGGGAGGAGACGCUGACAAACCAAGAUGGCGGCGGCGGCGCCGAAGGCCGCGGCGGCUAGGAGGUAACUGUAGUGGUGAAGGCUGCGGUAGUUGGGAGGCAGCGGCAGAGUUUGGAAGGAACGAGGCAGGACGAAGAGGCGGUAGCAGUAGCGCCAGCCUGAGCCUCUCAGAGCGUGGCAGCUACACGCCCCCCAAGGCCCUCGGCGGGCGGCGGCCGCCCCGCUUAGGGCCUAGUCCCCGAGCAGUGCCUCGGCUUCAUACCGCGGUGUCCGCCAUGAGUCCUUAAGGGCGGUCCGAGCCGUCCAAGUCCUAGGGCCCACCAUGGAGCCGGGGUCCGACGACUUCCUACCGCCGCCGGAGUGCCCGGUGUUCGAGCCUAGCUGGGCCGAGUUCCGAGACCCUCUUGGCUACAUCGCGAAAAUCCGGCCCAUCGCCGAGAAGUCGGGCAUUUGCAAGAUCCGCCCACCCGCGGACUGGCAGCCACCCUUUGCUGUAGAAGUGGACAACUUCAGGUUUACUCCCCGAAUCCAGAGGCUGAAUGAACUAGAGGCCCAGACAAGAGUGAAGCUGAACUAUUUGGACCAGAUUGCCAAAUUCUGGGAAAUCCAGGGCUCCUCCUUAAAAAUUCCCAAUGUAGAACGGCGGAUCUUGGACCUCUACAGCCUCAGCAAAAUCGUGGUGGAGGAAGGUGGCUAUGAAGCCAUCUGCAAAGACCGUCGGUGGGCCCGGGUGGCCCAGCGCCUCAACUACCCACCAGGCAAAAACAUUGGUUCCCUGCUACGCUCCCACUAUGAACGCAUCGUUUACCCCUAUGAGAUGUACCAGUCUGGAGCCAACCUGGUGCAGUGCAACACACGUCCAUUUGAUAAUGAGGAAAAGGACAAGGAAUACAAACCCCACAGUAUCCCCCUUCGACAGUCCGUGCAACCUUCCAAGUUCAAUAGCUAUGGCCGGCGGGCCAAGAGACUGCAGCCUGAUCCGGAACCCACGGAAGAAGACAUUGAAAAGAAUCCGGAACUGAAGAAGCUACAGAUCUAUGGGGCAGGCCCCAAGAUGAUGGGCCUGGGCCUCAUGGCCAAGGAUAAGACUCUGCGGAAGAAAGAUAAGGAAGGGCCUGAGUGUCCCCCCACCGUAGUGGUGAAGGAGGAGUCAGGCGGGGAUAUGAAGGUGGAGUCAACCUCACCUAAGACCUUCCUGGAGAGCAAGGAGGAGCUGAGUCACAGCCCAGAGCCCUGCACCAAGAUGACCAUGAGACUGCGGAGGAACCACAGCAAUGCCCAGUUUAUCGAGUCCUAUGUUUGCCGGAUGUGUUCCCGAGGGGAUGAGGAUGACAAGCUUCUGCUGUGUGAUGGCUGUGAUGACAACUACCACAUCUUCUGCCUGCUGCCUCCUCUGCCUGAGAUUCCCAAGGGUGUCUGGAGGUGCCCAAAGUGUGUCAUGGCGGAGUGUAAGCGCCCCCCUGAAGCCUUUGGCUUUGAGCAGGCUACCCGGGAAUACACUCUGCAGAGCUUUGGCGAGAUGGCUGACUCCUUUAAAGCCGAUUACUUCAACAUGCCUGUGCACAUGGUGCCCACAGAACUCGUGGAGAAGGAGUUCUGGCGGUUGGUAAACAGCAUUGAGGAAGAUGUGACUGUUGAGUAUGGGGCUGACAUCCAUUCCAAAGAAUUUGGUAGCGGUUUCCCCGUCAGUGAUAGUAAGCGGCACCUAACCCCUGAGGAGGAGGAGUAUGCUACCAGUGGUUGGAACCUGAAUGUGAUGCCAGUGUUGGAGCAGUCCGUACUAUGCCACAUCAAUGCAGAUAUUUCUGGCAUGAAGGUGCCCUGGCUCUAUGUGGGCAUGGUCUUUUCAGCCUUUUGCUGGCAUAUUGAGGAUCACUGGAGUUACUCCAUUAACUACCUCCAUUGGGGUGAGCCGAAGACCUGGUAUGGGGUACCCUCACUUGCAGCAGAACAUUUGGAAGAGGUGAUGAAGAAGCUGACACCUGAGCUCUUUGAUAGCCAGCCUGACCUCCUGCACCAACUUGUCACCCUCAUGAAUCCCAAUACCCUCAUGUCCCAUGGUGUGCCGGUUGUCCGUACAAACCAGUGUGCAGGAGAAUUUGUCAUUACCUUCCCUCGUGCUUACCACAGUGGCUUCAACCAAGGCUACAACUUUGCGGAGGCUGUCAACUUUUGCACUGCUGACUGGUUGCCAGCUGGGCGCCAAUGCAUUGAGCACUACCGCCGGCUCCGAAGAUACUGCGUCUUCUCCCAUGAGGAGCUCAUCUGUAAGAUGGCUGCCUGCCCAGAGAAGCUGGACCUGAAUCUGGCCGCAGCUGUGCAUAAGGAGAUGUUCAUCAUGGUGCAGGAGGAACGGCGUCUACGAAAGGCCCUGCUUGAAAAGGGCAUCACGGAAGCUGAGCGAGAGGCUUUCGAGCUACUCCCAGAUGACGAGCGCCAAUGCAUCAAGUGCAAGACCACAUGCUUCCUGUCAGCUCUGGCCUGCUACGACUGCCCGGACGGCCUUGUCUGCCUUUCCCACAUCAAUGACCUCUGCAAGUGCUCCAGUAGCCGGCAGUACCUGCGGUAUCGAUACACCUUGGAUGAGCUCCCUGCUAUGCUGCAUAAACUGAAGGUUCGGGCCGAGUCCUUUGACACCUGGGCCAACAAAGUUCGAGUGGCCCUGGAGGUGGAGGAUGGGCGGAAGCGCAGCCUUGAAGAGCUGAGGGCACUAGAGUCUGAGGCCCGUGAACGGAGGUUUCCUAACAGUGAGCUGCUGCAGCAACUGAAGAACUGCCUGAGUGAGGCAGAGGCCUGCGUGUCCCGGGCUCUGGGACUAGUCAGCGGCCAGGAAGCCGGCCCCCACAGGGUGGCUGGUCUACAGAUGACCCUGGCUGAGCUCCGGGCAUUUCUGGACCAGAUGAACAACCUUCCUUGUGCCAUGCACCAGAUUGGGGAUGUCAAGGGUAUUCUGGAACAGGUGGAGGCCUACCAGGCUGAGGCCCAUGAGGCCCUGGCCUCGCUGCCCUCCAGUCCAGGGCUACUGCAGUCCCUGUUGGAGAGGGGGCAGCUGCUAGGGGUGGAGGUGCCCGAGGCCCAGCAGCUCCAGCGGCAGGUGGAACAGGCACGAUGGCUGGAUGAGGUGAAGCGCACGCUGGCCCCCUCAGCCCGGAGGGGCACCCUGGCUGUCAUGCGGGGACUUUUGGUUGCGGGUGCUAGUGUAGCCCCUAGCCCUGCUGUGGACAAAGCCCGGGCUGAGCUGCAGGAGCUGCUGACCAUUGCUGAACGCUGGGAGGAGAAAGCCCACCUCUGCCUGGAGGCCAGGCAGAAGCAUCCACCAGCCACACUCGAGGCCAUAAUCCAUGAGGCAGAAAACAUCCCUGUUCACCUGCCCAACAUCCAGGCUCUCAAGGAGGCUCUUGCUAAGGCCCGGGCCUGGAUUGCUGAUGUGGAUGAGAUCCAAAAUGGUGACCACUACCCCUGCUUGGAUGACUUAGAGGGCCUGGUGGCCGUGGGCCGGGACCUACCUGUGGGCUUGGAGGAGCUGAGACAGCUAGAGCUGCAGGUACUGACGGCACACUCCUGGAGGGAGAAGGCAUCCAAGACCUUCCUCAAGAGGAAUUCCUGCUACACGCUGCUGGAGGUGCUCUGCCCGUGUGCAGACGCCGGCUCAGACAGCACCAAGCGCAGCCGGUGGAUGGAGAAGGAGCUGGGGUUGUACAAAUCUGACACGGAGCUGCUGGGACUGUCUGCACAGGACCUCAGGGACCCAGGCUCUGUGAUCGUGGCCUUCAAGGAGGGGGAACAGAAGGAGAAGGAGGGUAUCCUGCAGCUGCGUCGCAUCAACUCCGCCAAGCCCAGUCCACUGGCAUCAUCGACCACAGCUUCCUCUGCAACCUCCGUCUGUGUGUGUGGGCAGGUGCCGGCCGGGGUGGGAGCUCUGCAGUGUGACCUGUGUCAGGACUGGUUCCAUGGGCGAUGUGUGUCGGUACCCCGCCUCCUCAGCUCCCCAAGGCCCAGUCCCACCUCGUCCCCGCUGCUGGCCUGGUGGGAGUGGGACACCAAAUUCUUGUGUCCGCUGUGCAUGCGCUCACGGCGCCCCCGCCUGGAGACCAUCCUGGCACUGCUGGUAGCCCUGCAGAGACUGCCUGUGCGGCUGCCUGAGGGCGAGGCCCUGCAGUGUCUCACAGAGAGGGCCAUCAGCUGGCAAGGCCGUGCCAGGCAGGCUUUGGCCUCUGAGGAUGUGACUGCUCUGUUGGGACGGCUGGCCGAGCUUCGCCAGCGGCUGCAGGCUGAACCCAGGCCUGAGGAACCCCCUACCUACCCUUCAGCCCCUGCCUCUGACCCUCUCAGAGAAGGCAGUGGCAAGGAUAUGCCCAAGGUCCAGGGGUUGCUGGAGAACGGAGACAGUAUGACCAGUCCUGAGAAGGUAGCCCCCGGGGAGGGCUCAGUGGUGGGGAUACAACCAGGAGCAGCCUCUAACCCAGCCUGUCCCCGCAACCCACCAGACCUGGAGCUGCUUUCCUCGCUGUUGCCACAGUUGACUGGCCCUGUGUUGGAGCUGCCUGAGGCAACUCGGGCCCCUCUAGAGGAGCUUAUGUUAGAAGGGGACCUGCUUGAGGUGACCCUGGAUGAAAACCACAGCAUUUGGCAGCUAUUGCAGGCUGGGCAGCCUCCAGACAUGGAGCGGAUCCGCACACUUCUAGAGCUGGAAAAGGCAGAGCGCCAUGGGAGCCGGGCACGGGGCCGGGCGUUGGAGAGGCGGCGACGGCGGAAGGUGGAUCGGGGUGGGGAGGGCGAUGACCCAGCCCGAGAGGAGCUAGAGCCAAAGAGGGUACGGAGCUCAGGGCCAGAGGCUGAGGAGGCCCAGGAGGAGGAGGAGCUGGAGGAGGAGACUGGGGGGGGAGAACAGUGCCUCCAUCACCCGUCAGCGGCGGAGGAGCACUAGGGCUGAAGUCUGGGAGCUCUGGGUUCUGAAAACAAGUUCUACCGGGUUCUCCUUACCUGAGGGCAAGACGUCCUGAGUCUCCCCCUACCCCACCCCCCAAGCCAUUUUCCCCCAUCUCCCAACAGACGGCCUGCCACCUCAUCUAAACUUCUGCCACGGCCUCCUCCAACUUCAUGCCCUCCAGUCUGUCCUCCUCAAGCCCCCGAGGGGAAUUUUGGUCUUGGCUUUAUUGAGGUAUAAUUUCUACAUCAUAAAAUUUACCUGCUUUAAAUGUAAAACUCAGUGAUUUAGAGGGAUGUUUCUAAAGUACAGAUGUGAUCUUGUCACUCUUGCUGCUUAAAACCAUCCAUGAUGCUUCAUUGCCCUUAAGAUCGAGGUUAUAUUUAUAAUCUCAUUCUUUGUGGAAUGCUUUCCUGUCUGACCCACCCAUAUGCCAUGUUCAGGGAUGCUUCCCUGAUUUGUCUAUACCCUAAAGGGUUUUUUUCUGCCCCUGUGAAAUGGAGACUGAAGCUCAGAUGUGUGGUCAUUUGCAGCCCAAGUUCACUUUUACAGCUUUAUUGUGAUACAAUUUACAUAUCAUACGUUUACCCACUUAAAGUAUACAGUACAAUGGCUUUUAGUAUAUUCUAGUUGUGCAACCGUCAUUGCAAAAGAUUUUAGAAUGUUUUCAUCAUUCCAAAAUGAAAUCACACUCCCCAGGCAUCACCCUUCCCCUGCCCUCCUCCUCCUCCCCCCCGCCCCCCCACCAGCCCCUCAACCCUAGGCCACCACUAAUCUCUAUGGAUUUGCCUAUUUUGGACAUUUUAUAUAAAUGGAAUCAUACAAUUUGUGAUCCUUUGUGACUGUGUUCUUUCACUUAACGUAAUGGUUUCAAGCUGAAUUCGAUUUUAAAUGGAGUUGUUAAUGGUGCCUUUAUAUUGGACAGAUUUUUUUUUCCCCUUCCGGGCCCCAGAGUCUUGACAAUGAGGGAAAAUGAGGGUGUUGGACUAGAUCGGGGGCCAUCACUACUCUGCCUUUUCUCAUUUGCUCCCUCACUGGGUUCAUUUUGCUCCAUUUCUCCUCCUUCCCAAGAUUCCCAGUUGAUGGGAACCUAGUGAUGAGUGAGAAAGCCCACCAUUUUCUGGCUGCUUUGAUUGGUGGGAGGAUCUGGCUAAGCCCUGCCUCUAGCCUUCUGGUCAAGAGGCACUGGGCUGUACAAGUUAAAGGGGAGGCAGGAGCCAAUGAAUACCCCUGUCCUGGGCCCAGUUCAACCCAGGCCCCAAUCUAGGGGGAAAGGUUGGCCUUCUGUCUGCCCCCUUACUUGGAAUGGAUCAUAAAAGGAGGGUUGGAGGAGACACCUUAGAGAAGAGACAGGCCUGAGUGCUACAAAAGGGACAGGAAGGGGCUCAGGCUCAGCACUUCACUCCCACUCCCCACUGCAAGGCAGUCUGCCUCCAGAAGUAACCCAACAGGUGGGGGAAAGGGUACCUAUGACCUGCGGGCUAGCAAACUGCCGGCCCCAGUCUGGGGUCCUCCGGGGUAUGGCCCAGCCCUCAGCAGUUUGCAGACAGCCUUUUCCAUCGUGGCACUGCCCUGUGCCAUUCCUCACGGCAUGCAUCCCAUGAGCUCUGGAGAGGCCGCGGCUCUGAUUAUGCAAGACCCAGGUCAAACAUGGCCUCUUCCAGAGAGCUUGCUCUAGUGGCACA